AAUGUAUGUUUGCUAAUGUAUUCAUUUUUGCGAGUUGACGCGUACAAGGAUGUGACGCGCCUAGACUAGAGCGAGAGCGACACAGCCCCGCCCUUCUCCUGGUGUGGAACGAAAAUGCCCCGUCUCUCCUCCCUCCGCCCCAGGGAUAGAUAGGCUUUCUCCCCGCAACUGCGAGCUGUGUAGUAGCUUACUGCCCACAUACAGCGGAUGUCUGACAUGAUAUCCAUGGUAUGCACUGAACGUUAUAUCAACUAGAAACUAGUUUAAGGACUUUCGUAGACUUAGUUUAUAGCUAGAUAGAUAUUGGUUGAAUUAUUUCUUGACAAUGGAAGGAAACAGUAAAUUCACCAGCCUCUUUCACAGACCCAGGUGUCUGGCGGCGGCGGCACCUGGAGGAAAAGCGAAAUUAACUCACCCAGGGAAGGCAAUUCUAGCAGGUGGUAUAGCAGGGGGUAUAGAGAUCUGUAUCACCUUCCCUACAGAGUAUGUGAAGACUCAGCUACAACUGGACGAGAAGGCCAACCCUCCCAAAUACAGGGGCAUCGGUGAUUGUGUGAAGCAGACAGUACAGGGUCAUGGGGUGAGGGGACUGUAUAGAGGACUCAGCUCACUGCUCUACGGAUCCAUACCCAAAUCAGCUGUCAGGUUUGGAGUGUUUGAGUAUCUCAGUAACCAUGCCCGUGACGAGGCAGGGAAGUUGAACAGCACCAGGGGUCUACUAUGUGGGCUGGGGGCUGGAGUCAUGGAGGCUGUAUUCAUCGUCUGCCCCAUGGAGACUGUCAAGGUUAAGUUCAUCCAUGACCAGUCUUCAGCCAACCCCAAAUACAGAGGCUUCUACCAUGGAGUCAGGGAGAUCAUCAGAACCCAAGGUAUUAGGGGGACCUACCAAGGCCUGACAGCCACCGUUCUGAAGCAGGGCUCCAACCAAGCCAUCCGAUUCUACGUCAUGACCUCCCUCAGGAACUGGUACAAAGGGGAUAACCCCAAUAAGGCUAUUAACCCUGUGGUGACGGGAACGUUUGGAGCCAUUGCAGGAGCAGCCAGUGUGUUCGGGAACACCCCACUGGAUGUCAUCAAGACCAGGAUGCAGGGUCUGGAGGCUCAUAAGUAUAAGAGUACACUGGACUGUGCCGUCAAGAUCAUGAGACACGAGGGUGUACGAGCGUUUUAUAAGGGGACGGUUCCUCGGCUGGGCCGUGUGUGUCUGGAUGUGGCCAUCGUCUUCAUCAUCUAUGAGGAGGUGGUCAAGGUUCUCAACACGGUCUGGAAGACAGAGUGAGGGGGUGCAGCUGGAGGCUCUGACCUCUCUGGGCCAGACAGGACCGGACAAAUGAGCCUACUACCACUCUGUAGUGGGUGCCCUGUCAUUCUGAGUUAAAGCAUAGUGGUUCUGCCUUGGCCUGAGGGUCUAGCUACAGUUACAGUAACAGCUACAUGAGUUUAAACUUAUACCACCCAAUGAAAAAGGUUUUCCUUUUGAUCAUUUAUGACCAAGCCUUUAAUGCAAUUAUUUUAAGUGUGAUACAACAUAUUUUUUAUAAUACUUAUGAUUAGAAUAAUAAAUGUUUAAUUGCAGAGUUUGUUUUACUCUGUUCCAGAUGCCAAGCCCUCCAGUAGCAAGCUGCCAAAUUGUGACAAACCUAAUUAUUGUUACAGUUUCUACUGUAACACAACUCACCCUUUUGGGCUGGCUAACAGCGUUUUCCCCAAGUGAGAAGUAUGCAUAGAGUAAUAUAUUCUGACCAAGAGAAGAAAACAAAUGUAAAUAAUAUACUGAUUCAUAAUAUAUUGAUCAGAGUCUUUAUCGAUGUAUUUAUUGAUCGUUGAAUGUUGACUAAUGCGUCUUUGUGUUUGAGACCGUUGCUGUUAUACUGUGCAGUGUUAUGUACUAAAUAGUAAGCCAAUGCGCUACAGUGUUAACAUUAAAGUACUGGAGGGAUUGGGUGGGUGCAAGAGGUCGCAUUGGGUUCAUUACAGCUCAUUCCGACUCAACCCAGAUUCCUACCACAGAUGUUUGUGUUCCAGAUAGAUCAGCCACGUUCUGAGAUGGAACCCUGGGGGAACAUUCUCAUUCCAUCCACACACAUUCCAAUCAUUCCAGAGGCCUUUGUUGUCAAUCGUUUAAAAAUUCUAAAUCAUUGACAUUCUGUUACAUUUGGUGCCAUUUUGGGGGUUGUUUUAGUAUUUUAAAUUGUUUCUUUGUUGUUGCCUUGCAGAUGUGCCUAUUCAUUUACGAAAACAACUAUUUUGAAACCAUUACAAUGUAUUAUAUAUUUUUUAAUCCAUCAUCUCAUCUAGGUUUUCAGGGUCUUGAUUGUACAGUGUAAUAAUGUGAGAACAGUCUGAGUCUGCACAAAUGUCUGCCCUAACAACAAGAAAACAUUGCUUUAUUUUGCAUCAGUGGAAUAGUAAAUGAAAUGCAUUGUUAUUGAGCUUUUAGCGCCCAAUGCCUUUGAAUCUGUGUUGUCAGUAAUGGUAGAUUGACUGUUUUGACUCUUGCUUUUGCCUACAGUAAGUGCUGCAUAACAUAUGUACUGUAAGGUGCGGAAGUCUCCUCAGCAUAUGCUGUUUAAGGACUGGAUUCAAUCCGUAUCCCAGAAGAGCCGCGUUAAAAUGUAAAGAUCAUUUCCAAUUGAGCCGUCAUAUGCAGAGUUUACCGUAACGAUUGCCUUUAAAUUUCAAUCAAGCUAUAAUGCAGAUCUUCUGUGAUACUUCUGCGAUACGGAUUGAAACCAACCAGAUUCCAUAAUAUCACAAUCAAAAUUAAAUGGAUAUCAUUUCAAAUA